AUGAAUGUUUUAAAAAUUCAAGAACAAUCAUCUUCAUCUCCUAAUAAAUACAAUUCUCACAGAUUAGAAGCUCUAAAACAUCAUUUGGAAAAUUUACACAAACUAACAGAUAUUAAUUUUACUAAACUAAUCAAUCAAUAUGAAGAAGAAUGUUCAACUGAAUGGAUUAAAAAUUUAGAUGAAUCAGAACAAGUUAUUGACUAUAAGACUCCUUCAUAUGACAGCCUUUACAAAUACACACUAAAUGCAAUAUUAACAAAACAAAAAAAUCCAACAAUCAAAUUAUCUGAAAGUAAUCCACAAAUCAAUGAAAAACAAAAUACUGACUCAUUAAAUAACGUCUUAAAUGAAUCAGUCAAAGAUAGGCCAUGUCAUUCAAUUGAAAUGAGUCAUUUUACACUCACGCCUCCAUGGUCUUCUGAAGAUAUUUCUGAUGAAACAGAUGAGGAUAGUGCAACAAUUAAACAAAUUUCAAACAGGCUACUAGUUCAGAAAAUCAUGAAUGGACCUGGCACAUUAGUUGAUCAUUAUAGAGAAAAUUGUAAUAAAUUGAAAUGUAAUACGUUAAAAUCUGUUGUGAAUCGGUUAGAAAAAUUGUGUACAUCAAAAUAUAUGAAUUUUUCAGAAUUGCACUUGAGUAAAUUAAAAUUUAAACCAGUGGCUAAAUUCUUGAAAAAAUUUAAUGAACUGGAAAUAUUGGAUCUGAGCUAUAAUGAUUUUGAAAAUGAUGGGCUAACAUUAGUGAAAGAUUUAUUGGAAGAAUUCGCAUUUCUUAAACAUAUUAACCUCUCUGGUAAUCACUUGAAUCAAGAAGCUCUCAAACUUCUACAGUUGAUAUUAAAGAAAAACACUCAAAUGGAUACUUUAAUAUUGAAAGAUGCAAGAAUAAACGAUACAGGUGCAGGGAUGAUUGCUAGUGGUUUAAGACAAAAUACGCGUUUAAAAAUGUUAGAUCUAUCGAAGAAUCUUAUCAGAUGUAAAGGAGCUUUAGAAAUUGCAAAAGUAUUAGCUAACAGCAUCAAUUUGCAAUGGCUAAGUUUACACUGGAAUCAAAUACGUUCAGAUGGAGCUUUUGAGUUCGGGAAUUCAUUAGAGUUCAAUACUUCACUUAAGUACUUAGAUAUUUCUUGGAAUGGAUUCAAUGGCAAAAGUUUGGAAAAUCUUGGCAAAGGUUUAACUCAAAAUUGUCAUUUGGAGGAAUUGAACUUAAAAUACAAUCGUAUUGAUUUAAAGAGUAUUAUCUUAUUUGCAGAUUGUCUAUACACAAAUAAAUCUUUAAAGAAAUUAUGUCUUGGUUUCAAUCCAUUGACAAUGGCUGGUAUUCAUGAAUUAAUUUAUGUGAUUGGGAACUCAUCAAAAUGUAUGAUUGAAGAAUUAGAUUUAGAAGGGUUAACAAUUAAUGAAAAUAUUUCACGUCAAGCACAUCGUAUCAGUCGUAAACGACAUUUUGUAUUAAAAGUUGCCAAAUGUAUUAAAUGGGAAACUCGUUACGGGAAAUACAGUAAAACAGAUCCGAUGACAUUUUUAAUAAAUUAUCUUAGUAGGCAUGGAAUGCGCCUAUUGGAUUUAUACCAAUUGUUAGAUCCCCAACAAACCGGAGUGAUAAGUGAAGCUCAGUUUACAGAAAGAAUGAUUAAAAAUCAAAUUCCAUUAAAUCCAGACGAUAUCAAAAUUCUGAUCAAGUAUAUUGAUCCGGAGAGAACUGACAGAAUAACUUAUAAACUGCUUGCAAGCCGAAUUUACUUUUAUCGAAUCAAUGUUGGUGAACAAUUACGAAUUAGAGCGACUGAAUUGUCAAAGCAUCAGUUAGAUCAACAAAGACUAUUUGUACGUCCCAAAGGACCAGAUAUUAUUGACAGACCACCUAAAGGGUUUCCUUCGAAAUCAAGGAAAUCUUCUGAUAAUCCGAAACGACUCCAAUUAUCCAAGACAUCAAAAACAAUUGCUACAACGCAUCCCGAUAAAACUUCCCAAAAUUAUGUAAACAGUCAAGAAAGAACGUGCCCCAAAUCAAAUUAUAGCAAUGAACCUCAGGAGGAAAACAAUAAUUCAUCUAUAAAGCGCACAGAAAUUUUAAAAACAACUGAAAAUAAAGAUAAUUGUGCAUCCAUAAUAACUGAAGUACCUAACUAUGAGACAUGUGAAAUUUUAGAUAGAACGAAAGAAUUGGAUCAUGAGACUACAUCAGAUAAACAUAAACCUUUGAAUAUACCGAAGUACAAAGAUUUCGGAAAACCAAUUAAUGGAACUAAAAAUAAUGCCAAACUUCAUGUAAUUCCAAUAACUGACGUUUUCGACAAGAAAUAUUUUCAAAAGUUUCUUUACUCGUAGUUCAGAA